UGUUGUGGCUUUCAGGAUUAGUUAUUUAAAGCAAGAGCCGGUGGAAAUUUCCCACGCCGCUCCGCGCACGCUCAUUCAAACCUUUAAUACGCAACCGUGGUAACAGAGCAAAUAGAGAAGUCGAUUACAGCAUCAUUAUCCGGCGGGAAUGCGCCCUGCUCGCUCCCGCACGCUCAUCAUCAUCUCUACAGGGACUAUCACGAAACAAUUUUAUGGAGCCUCAGUUUCAAACGAACCAUAUCCUGCAGAUCACUUGAUGAGACACAUCGUUUUAUAUAACUACAGAUCUGUUAUUCCACACACACCCAUGGGUAAGAAAGUCUUACAGUGUUUUCCCUGGUAUAAACGUGGUAAAGACAGGGGUAAGGGCAGACUGUGUCCACCUCCGGCUGUUCCAUCUGUUGAGGUGCAACCUGUAUUUUCUACGAAAGUAUCCUGGGGUUAUGACGGAGAUGAGAGCACCACACAUCCCGUCUAUUUUUCCCAUAAAGCGCGAGUGGCUUAUCGCCACCAGAUGGACGGCAAUAUUAUCGAUGCCACCUGCUAACCUCUGGGCUGCUUUCCCAGAAUCCAUCGCCUUUUACUUACCUGUAGACUUCAAGAGAAAGAACCAUAAAAGCCAAUUUUGUAAA